AUGGCCUCUGCUGCCGAUUCCUCCCCUGAGGGUGUUUCUCUGUUUCCUCUUCCUCGCUACUAUUUCUCCCUCUAUCCUGUUGGGUCCAUCCCAUGGACCUCAUUACUCGUUCCUUAUGUUACUUGGGAGGCUCAAGAGGCUCUCAUCGAUGAGACCAUUCAUGCUGACCUCACGUGCUCACCUCCUUUGAAAUACUCAGUUGCUUUUGUCAAGCGACUUGUAACGGAGCUUGGCCGCAUCACUGACGAAGUGCACGAUUUAUGGUAUGAAUUUAUAGCCCAAAAUAAUUCCGAGCUCAACACGCCUGAAAGCGAAAGAGGUUUCAUCGCUUAUCGGGUUGGGGAUUCGUCCAUCUCCUUGGGGUACGACGUCUCUGGUCGUUUUAUAGAGCAAGGGACCACAGGCCUCUCCCAGUGGGAGGCAGGUCGGUACCUCGCGAGCUGGUUGGUCGCCAACAAGUGUGCUGUUGAGGGCAAGGACGUGCUCGAGUUGGGCUCGGGGAGUGGUUUGGUAGGUCUCGUUGCUGCUGGAUUCAGUGCCGCUAGGAGGGUUGUGCUAACCGACGGAAACGCAUUGGUAGUGGAGGCCUUGAGAGCCAAUGUGAAGAGCAAUAAACUCGAUAACGUGGAAGUAGCUGAGCUGAGGUGGGACGAUCAGAGCCGCAGUGAUUUGUUGGAGUCGGCGGAGGUCCUUCUUGGGGCUGACCUCACCUACGACCCGACUAUCGUUGGAGCCCUUAUGGCGACUAUCAGACGAAUGCGACAAGACGCUGUGUGUUACCUCUGCAGUGCUGUGCGGACGGAGUCGACAUGGAAAGAAUUCCUCAAAUUGCUGGAUGGUCUCGAUGUGAAGGUGUUGGUACGUGGACCGGCCCAGUGGGAGGGGCUCGUCAGAGAGGAGUUUCUCGCGGGCCGGUGUCCACGGCCCAAAGACUUGGAUAUGGAUAUUGUAUUGUUGGAGAUCCGUCAGAGGGCAAGUUGUGAUAUAGUGACAAAUGAGAUUGACUUCGCCAUAGGCGCUUGA